ACCUUUCUAACGGUACCAACUUCAAAAUCCAGCGCUGGAGCAUCAUCUCCCAACAAAGACCAGCUGGCACACUUUGUCUUAUUGUCGCUAUAAAUUUCAAAUUCUCGAUCGUCAUUCAAACUUCCCUUCUAUCGAUCAUCAUGCCUGGGGCCAAAGGGCGCAAACCGCUGCCUCCUCCGCCUCCUUUUCCUCCUCGUCCUCCAGUUCCACCCAAAACAACCCCGACCGGAUUUGAGCCGAAAGAAUCUUUGGAUAAAGAUGAACCUGCUCCUGAAGGCUGUGUCUUAUAUGCCCACUCAAAUUCGAAUCCUCCUGAUCCAUGCCCAUAUCACUACAAGCCCGUCUAUUACUUCUUCUAUGAUGGUCUCAGGAACCCGGCCGUGCUCCAAGUGGUCCUUGAAGCCUCAGAACCCCCCAAGCUACGAGACGCCAAAGUCCUUGGAUACUCACUUGCACCACGGGGUCGUUACACGUCACUCAUCGAAGGUCAACCUGGGUCGGGGGUUUUGGGGCGGGCGGUUCAAGUGCAAUCUGCUGAAGAGGAAUACAAGCUCGGGUGGUACCAAACCAGCGCAUACAUUCUUGCGCCAUGUUUGAUACAGUUCAUAGAUGGUGGAGAGCCGAGAGAAGUUGCGGGAUUGGUAUUCAUAGAUGCUGGCGAUCAACGGGCUUGGAGGACUAUGCGAUUCGACUACAGGGCAUGGAAGUCUCAGAUGGGAACUCGACUCCCGCGAAAUUGGCAAAGAAGCGCACUGGAGCCGAGCUCGUAGUGUUCUAGCAUUGUUCGAGGUGGAUGCGCAGCAAAGUACCAUACGAUAGCGGAAAUUUUUGUUAUGUUAUUUGCUUGUAUUCGGAAUUCUUGACUUGUCUGUUGGUAUUCGCGUUUGUCGUGCUGUGGUAUGUCGUCAAAUGUGG